ACCGUUAAUUCUUCCUUAAAAACUAACCCGUUCUAUAACAAGGGAUUAUUUUCAUUACACGCAAAACUUCCCAACGGAUCACCCAACCCUGAAAAACAUAAUUUCCUCUCUUUUUUUCAAAUUCGAUAACACUUCUAACAAAGCAAAUCAAAGAUUUUGUAAAUUUCAAGAAAUCCCUAACCAAGAAAUAUUUAUGAAGUGAUAGGCAAACGUUUUGAUCUUUUCUGUACAUCUUUGUCUCUUUACAUCGAAACUCAGUUAUUGACAUAUUGUCAAAGUGCGUAAAAUAUCUGUUUUCCCGUUGUCACUUUCGUGGGCCUGGUUAGGAUAAAGUGAGAUUUGCAUAUGCAACAGUUUAUUUAAUAAUGGAAGCCACUCCUCAGAAUUCUUAUUGGAUACUUACUCUGCCUGAGGUAAUUUCCACAAUUUCUUCAUUCCUGCCCGUUCCCGACUUGAAAUCGUGUUCCCUCCUGAACUCCACGUGGAAAAGGGUGACCCGCAGCUACCUCGAUGUUCUCCUCCCAACCAGUCUCUCCCCAAAUAAUUUAGCCCACUACGUCGGACUCGCACGCACUGGAAGUUUAUAUCCCGCCAAUGUGUGCCUAUCAAUUCCACCUUACUCGACCUACGAAGACAUGCGUCCCCACUUGGACUCAAUUUUUGGCGGGGCGAAUUUCAAAACCCUGACCAAACUGAGUAUCGAGCUUCCCCUGAACUACGACCUGCGACAUGUGGCAUACCUUACCGUAAAAUUUUGUGAAUCCCUCAAAAAUUUGAAAUCCUUAGAAUGGCGUCCUGUUAUGUGUGGAAUGAGCCGACUUACUUCUGACGACGAAUGGAAAGAACUAUUCCCGACAGGGGUCGCCUAUCCCGGCAGCUUGGUCAGCUUUGUGGUAAACGUGGUCCAAGCUGGUUGCAAUAAUCCCGAUAUUUCCGGCUGGAUUCGGGACACGGUUAAUACUUUGAUCCCGGAAAUUCUCACGUUUCCCGGGCACAUCCGUCAUCUUGGUUUUGUAGAUGCCACUUCUGUAAUGCGGGAUGAUAACGUGACCCUUCCGGAACUUACAUUUUUGUCGGUAAAGUCAUCCAUGACCCCGGCAGUGGCGAGUAAUCCCUUUUCAAGUGUGAAAAAUUAUGGAAAUUUGACCACCCUGGAAAUUAACGCGGUAACGGAGACUGAUGAUAUUACGGAAAAUAUUCUUUCCUUGUUGGCCCCUCAACUGGAAAAUCUUUGUAUUUCUGGCGUGCUAAAUGUUGACCCGGUAAAAAAACCUCCCGACCAAGAGUAUUUAUUCCUGCCGAUUUUACCAAGACUGAAAGUUUUGAGGAUUUUGCAGCGACAGUUUUCAUUGUCCGAGAGUUCCACGUGGUUUCGACCCAGGCUCUACUUGAGGUUCGCGUCGGGUGAAAGGCUACGCUAUUCCGAGCAAUUUCCGGUCCUGGGGAAGUUAGUUGUGCACGUGGUGCCAUGCCACAUGGGGAGGGGGUGGGACGUUCCAGCGGAAAAUUUGCACUUGGAGGCGACCAUGCUUCUCUUGCAGGAAACCUUUCUCGCCGAGGGGGUCCUUCCAUCCGAGACUGUCACAAAUUUGGACAUUCCCUUCCGCGAAAAUGUUGGAAGGAUGAAGUUAAGGCGACGCUGCGACUGCGAUGGAGCUUGUGCAUGUUGGGGGUGGAAGGAAGAUGAUGCCCUCAAUUUUUAUGAGAGGGUGGCCACCAUUUUUCCAAACGUGCGGUACGAUGUGCUUCACAGAUUAAGAAGGAACGAGAGGACGGCAAAUAUUGCAAAGUUUACGAACUUCGGAAAGAAAUUGGGCAUUUGGAAUGAUGACGAGAUAAAGGAGAUGAAUUUCGUGUAAAUUAAAUAGUUUGUGUUGAAACAUGACUUGCAUUAAUUUAUGUAAGAGAAGGAGAAAAAUUCAAUGAUUUGUUCCUAAUGUGAAGUUUUACAUAGUUUUGGACAAUUUAAGCAUUUAUAUUUGAUUUGUAACUACACAAAUAUAUUAAUAAACAGGAAGUAAAUUAAGAGACAUUAUUUCG